AUGACUGCAGCGUGGUGCAAGUCGAUUCGAAGAUGGCUGUCGAAUUCGUGGCGUGCCUCGAGGCGCUGGUGGCAACUCAAACUGGCGUACCUACGGCACUUGUUGAACCGCUCGACGAGACGAGCCUCUGCGACGCGCUCGUGGUCUAAGCGUAGCGCAUCCGUCGUCGUCCAGCAACCCUCUCGUUUUGAUCCAUGUCGCAUUCUCGCCCAGCACGGUAUACCAAGCGCUGUAUGGUUUGAAGAUACCCUUUUCCUAUACGGGAGCGACACGGCAGUCUUCGAUCUCUACAUCCUCGUGCCGGACAUCAGCGUCGCGUCUGCUGUGCUCCAAGCUGCGGGUUAUCGAAAGGCUGGUCUUGAGGGCCUGGAUCCCGACGACGAGCGAGUAUGCAGGGCCAGUGGAGGCGUCCGCCUCGAGCCCGUUGCUGUCGUUGACGAGGCAGAUGGUACCGUGCUUCUGAGCGCUGCCGAUUGGAAGUUUGAUCUGCGCACCACGGAAGAGGGCUCCGUCGCGCCUGUGCCCCGGCUUAGCAGCUUUCUCGAAUCCCUCAUGGAGUACUGGCUGUCCAUGCCCGAGGAGGAGUGUCGCGAAAAAUAUAUAUGGUUCCAUUCGCUCGCCAACUUGAUCAGCUACGCCUACAGCAUCCGAGGCCCGAAUGGAGACCUCGUCCGCAGCCCCGAGUUUGCGGAACAGUUGCAGCCGCGAUUUCGUGAGCUGCACUACGACAUGGCGACCAAGUACCCGAAAAAGAGUGACAUAGCGAGCUACAGGAAGCACGAGUACCAUGCCAUCAGGUAUCACGAGAUUCAAGAGGGCACAUUCACCCCUCGGCCGUAUCCCAGUGGCAACUUUCCCCCCUCGUUGGCCGAAUACCCGCAUCUUACUGGGUUAGAUGCGCCUGCCCCGGAGUCGCGGCGAAAAAGAGGGUCUACGGUGAGCUCUGGCCGCAUCCUCUUUGUGUUGUCUGUUGCCCUAACUGUGCUGCAGAAGCCGUUGCAAAGCAUUGAUGAAGUCAUGGCAUAG